CAGAAUAAGCUAGAUAAGCAGCAUUCUCGCACACCUCCUUAUCCUCUAAGUCAUCCUCUACGGAGGAUUAAGUAUGUAAGAUAAGCAUUAAAGCUUUAAUAGCAAACAAACUGCUUUCUUUGUCUAAUGGUGCAUCUCUUGUAUCUCCAUGAUGCGGACAGUCUUCAGCCUGGUCCUCUUCAGCUCUCUUUUUGUCAUCAAAAGUGAAGCACUGCAAUGUUACACCUGUGUAGGUUCUAGCGAUGAUGACUGCAACAGGCAAGGGACGCAGCAGUGCCCGGGGCAUUCCGAUGCGUGUGCGGUCAUGCGAGGACAAGCAAGUGGUGUGAUGAAGUCCUGCUCGUUCCGCUCCUUCUGUGAGAGGGCAAUGAGGGAUGGAGCUAGAGCACCCGGGGUGAGCGUCCACUGCUGCUACUCCAGCCACUGCAACGCCAAGAGCCGGGGCGCAAGGCUCAGCCCCUGCAGCGGCUGCUUCGUCCUCCUCCUCUUGUCCCUGUGUUGGCACCCCCUGUUGAAGCUGACAUGAGGAGGAACAGGAUCCUGAAACUGCCUUUAUAGAAAGGGAUGGUUGUAAUUACACUUCCUGUAUCACGUUACUCCACGUACUGCGUUUCUCAGUAGGAAGAAGCUGUAGGCAGACUUAGCUGCAGGUAGCAGCCUUGUAGUUAAGGUAAGGAGUGAUGUGCUCCAGCUGCUUUUGCUGUCAGCAUGCACUCAAAAGCAAGCUACAAUUUUCAAGCACAAAGUGACCGAGAAUUCUAGCAUGCUUUUGAGUUGCUCAGAAAAUAUCUCCAGUCUGGACAAAGGCAGAAAACCUGACGUAAGAAUGGUUUAGUGUUGAUACAAAGUGCUAAGAGAAAGCUAUUAAGAGGAAAAAAAAAGUUCAGAAACACAUUGUGUUACAUAUAUUUAUAGGGAUAAAAGAACUUUCCCAGUCUCCUUUCUCCUGUGGGCAGCUGUUAACAGUCGUGAUGCCCAACCUGGGCCAUAAUGGUGUAACACAACGUGGUCACAUUGAGCUGCUGUUGGGUCGGUGAUGCUGGGAAGGAGCUGGCAGGGCAGAGGUGGUUCGUAGCACAGUGACACGUAGGCAGGCAGUUGAUCUGUGUAGAUGUCAGCAUCCAGCUAUACUGACCAGGUCUAAUCUCCAGCACACAGCGGCUUUCAGCCUGGCUGGUGUCACUUCAGUAGAGGUGGUCUUCCAGUGAGGAGUUCUGAUCUUCAUUGCCUGUUUGGAAUUCAAGCAAGUUUAUGGAACUCACAAACUAUGUGGCAAAGUAGAUGUUCCACUAGCUCUGUGUUGUGACCUUGUUUCUAAGUAUUGUUUUUGCAAGAUCAGUACUAGGCAGCAUGUUGUAGGAUCCUGCACAUCUUCCAAAAUUUGGCCAAGGUUCUUCUUGAGAGCUUCUUCAAGUGAAGUCAAUGAAAGCUCAGGGCACUGUGCUCUUACCCCACCCUACAGCUGCACUGUCUCCUUGUUUUGUUGCACUCCCUCCGGAUGGAUCCUUCCAUUGUCUUCUGUAGGUUGUGGGGUCGGACUGGGGCCGUUCCUUCGGGGUUUUGCUAGAAGGAGCUCUCAGACCCAGGGGUUCUGCUCUGUGGUUGUUGUUAUCACAAGGCUGAUACAGCUGUUUAAAAAAAAAAAGAUGGCUGUACUGCGACACCAUGGCUGAGAAUAUUAAUUUAGGCUUAAAUAUCUCAUAUGUGUAACAAAUCACUUGAGCUGAUAAGAAUUCUUCAUUUCAUUCUCAGCUUGAAUCAGCUCCUUCAAUCUGUUCUGCUACACAAAAUAUGUAUUCAUGGCACCUUUAUUUUCUGAUUGCUCUGUAAUGAUAAAACUCUCUCGAAUGCAACCUCUGUAAUGCUCCGUGCAUUUCCUUAAUGACAAAUUAAAAUAUAUGCAAUGUC